AUGCUAUUCGAAGUGCCCGUCGAUCAUUUCCCGGUGCAACAACGUGCCGCACCGGAAUGUCAACAACGGUCGAAUUUACUGCGCAUUUCGCACAUUUCCGUCAUUCAACGUCAAGAAGUCUCAGCCGCCGUGGAAGUGUUUAGUCCUUCAGUUCGUCGUUCGCAGUUCACCUUCCCCAUCGUACGAUUUGAUAACUGCAACCGAACUCACGUCGCUGAUGUUCCCAAGCAAAGGAGUUUGUCACUUCCACCAUCAGCGCGACAAUCGCGACAGCAAACGAAACAACGUCAACCGACCGAACGGUUCAGGAGCACAUUUCAAAUCCCGAAUUUACUCCAAUUACCGUCUCGACUACACUCCACUGCUGUUUCAUUAUCGCAACAUUCCUAUCUACAUUUAGGAGGACCCUAG